CUGACUUCCGGCCAGGCCGUUGUCUGGGUGGCGCGGUCGAGUCAUCGUUGGGCCUCGCCGCUUCGAUCUCCUAUCCCUCCCCCCCCCACCCCCCGCCCCAGCGCGGGGGGUCGACCAGCCUAGUGGCGCGGGAGGCGACCCGGAUCUUCCCCUCCGUUUCGCUGUGGCCAGCUCCCUGGCCCCCCCGCGCUGGGGUCCGGGGUCCUUGGGGCCCGCGAGGCCCGGUCUGAGGGGCCGGGGCCUACGUGGGCCCGCCGCGGGGCCCCAUGAGGCAUAGCCUGACCAAAUUGCUGGCGGCCUCGGGCAGCGACUCCCCAACCCGCAGCGAGAGCCCGGCGCCGACCGCGACCUGCUUGCUGCCCCCGGACCUGACCCGGGCGGCGGCGGCUGCAGCGGCGGCGGCGGAGGAAGGGACGGCGGCGGCCGGAUCUCCCGGCCGCAAGCAGCCGAGCGGCGACGAGGGCGAGUUGGAGGCCGGGAGGGGGGGCCGCGGCGGCGUGGCCGUGCGCGCGCCCUCGCCGGAGGAGAUGGAGGAGGAGGCGAUCGCCAGCGUCCCCGGGGAGGAGACGGAGGACAUGGACUUUCUGUCCGGGCUGGAACUGGCAGAUCUUUUGGACCCCCGGCAACCAGACUGGCACCUGGAGCCCGGGCUCAGCUCGCCGGGCCCUCUCUCCUCAUCCGGCGGAGGCUCGGAUAGCGGCGGCCUGUGGAGAGGGGACGACGACGAUGAGGCCGCGGCUGCCGAGAUGCAGCGCUUUUCUGACCUGCUGCAGAGGCUCUUAAACGGCAUCGGAGGCUGCAGCAGCGGCAGUGACAGUGGCAGCGGCGAAAAGAGGCGGAGAAAGUCCCCAGGAGGAGGCGCGGGCAGCAGCGGCAACGACCACAACCAGGCGGCGACAAAGAGCCCCCGGAAGGCGGCGGCGGCGGCCGCCCGUCUCAAUCGGCUGAAGAAGAAGGAGUACGUGAUGGGGCUGGAAAGCCGGGUCCGGGGUCUGGCAGCCGAGAACCAGGAGCUGCGGGCCGAGAAUCGGGAGCUGGGCAAGCGCGUGCAGGCACUGCAGGAGGAGAGUCGCUACCUACGGGCCGUCUUAGCCAACGAGACCGGACUGGCUCGCUUGCUGAGUCGGCUGAGCGGCGUGGGACUGCGGCUCACCACCUCGCUCUUCAGAGACUCGCCCGCCGGUGACCAUGACUACGCUUUGCCCGUGGGAAAGCAGCAGCAGGACCUGCUGGAAGAGGACGACUCGGCGGGAGGAGUGUGUCUUCAUGUGGACAAGGAUAAGGUGUCGGUGGAGUUCUGCUCGGCGUGCGCCCGGAAGGCGUCGUCCUCUCUUAAAAUGUAGGGUCAAGUAAUCUGCUCUUUACCCGCGUUUACCCCUUUCAACUCCCUUACACCAUGUAAAACACCUUAGUGGGACAUCGUCACUGGACACAUUUCAGAGGAGGAAAAAAGUAAUAUUGAAUCUUUAAGUGUUUAGCUAAAAGCAUGAAUGUGACACUGUAACCAACUCCUAAUGAUAACAUGUGACUAUUAAAUCUCUCUGACAGUUUCUUUUUUAGGUGAUUUCCUUCCUGCCAGGCUCCGUUGUAGGGGUUACAGAACAGUCGUUCCCGCCUCACAACCUGGUAAGGAUCCAUCUCUUCACGUAACGCUCAUGCUCUGCUGCUUAGUCUACUUUAAUGGGCAACAUCUCAAUGUGUGUGUGGGGGUUUUUUUUUUUCUUUUCUUUUCUUUUUUCUUUUUUGGAAGGUGGGAGGGGAAAUCUAAUUUGGGCCCUGUCCACCCUGGAAACAGACUUGUGCUGGUCAAUAAUGUAUUUAAGAUGCUUCUUCUGGUUGCAAUAGCUGUUAAUGUGUCCCCUUGUUCAGACUUGCGUGUACCUAGCUCUUCUGUCCCCAGUGUGGACAUGGCCUUGGAUGACAUCGGUUCCAACUGUACACUGAAAGCUGCUAAUAGACAUACAGUUUGGAGACAGUGAAACAGGUGAAGUUGAAUGGAAGUUCCGAGUUGUACGAGGUGCAAAUUGGAAUUCCAAUUUUAGAGCAACUUUUUAGAGGCUGACAAUAAGUAUUUGGGGCUUGCACAAAUGUGAUAGUUAUUUUGCUGGAGGUGACAGAAAUGUCUUAAAUAUUUGGGAAUGCCAUUUAGUUUUCAGAGGAGAUUUAGAAAUACGAUCUAUUCAGAGUAAAAGAUUUUAAUAUCUCACCAGUAGAGAAGUUGGAAAUUGACAUGCAUAUCUGUGUUAAUUAAUUGAAGGAGGAAUAAGAAUGGUUAAUGAAAUGUUUCUUUGAGGACCAGCACAGUGAUUACCCUAUCACUGAGUAUAAAUAAAUUGUUGAAUACUUUUACUUUUGUUGUAUUAAAAUUUUAGGUUAAAUUUAUGUAUGAUUAGAUAUUGAAGGUUGUGAAAUGUGAAUGAAAACGUGUAAAGUGAGGCUUCACAAAGAAUGUUAUUCUCCUUAUUUCAAAGGUUUUUGUCCUAUUUAAAAAUAAUUUUUAAAAAUGAGUGGUUCUAGCUACUCAACACGAUUGACACUUUUUCCAAAGAUGGGACAUAUUCUUCCCUUGAAGUACUGUAUUAUCCAUUGUCUAAUUGUAUAGAUUGAGUUACUGUGUCCUUCAGUGUAAGAGGCAUUAAGAAAUUCUUUGUGAAACAUCACUGUUUGAUAAAGUAUAUACAUAUUUAGCAUCCUUGUUUUUCUUUGUGCUAAAGUGGAUACAGCUGUUGGGGCAGAAGAGACGGGACCAGCUGCUGGCCACAUUUCCUGCUUUAUUUUAAAAGGUAGUAUAAGAAAUGAGGAAAAAGAGGUAAUAUCAGGGCUUCUGCUGUCUUUUAUUUUAAAAUGUUCAUAACUAAAAACUAUUUUCCAGCAGUCCAAAGAUGUAAGUUAUCUUACACAUAAAAUGUUUUAUUUUGUUGUUAUUUGGUUAUAAAAAUGGAAUCCUUGUUCUUGCACAACUGUAAAUGUUUUGUUGCUAGAUAACACAAUUUGAGACCUAACUUGGUCUCUGGUUUCCAGUGCAUUACAGCAUAUUUUGUAAAAUCAUCUACUGCACUUGAGCAUGAAUGGGUAGUAGCCAAACUCACAACCUGGAGUGAUGAACCUGCUUAUACCUAAGUGCAGGAGCAAGCCCCUCACAAUGCAGCUGCAUGGAUUUUUAGUGCCUACUGAAUUAUAUAUAUAUACAUAUAUAUAUAAAAACCAAAAGUAGUUGGAAAAAUUAUUUGAAAUGACUAAUUUGUGCUAUCUCUAUGGAAUAUGUUAAAUGUAGCUUUUUGAAACAGAAGCCUUGAACUGAAAUUUAAUUAAUACUUGAACAUUUUGUAUAUAUUUCUUUGUAUAUAAUUUUGUGCAGUACCAAUGACAAAAAUACGGUGUCAUAAUAAAACCAGGUUUGUUGAUCUUUCAGUUAUGGGCUCAAAGAAUUUAUUCAUCUCUAACAUGACAUUUGAAAAUAAUGGAUGAAAAUAGGAAAAAUGAUUGUUGUUAAUGCUGACUUUGGGUCUUAAAAGGUUCUGGAAGCAGUAAGUGUGUUUUUCUAAAAUACCAUUCCCUUGGAAUAUUUUCUUCCUAAUGUCAGUGUUUUUCCUGCAUUAUUUGAAGUUUGGGGCUGGGGAGAAACAGUAGUCAUAGCUCUCUGAAUGGGAUGCUUUGAAAAUUCCAAGUGUAGAUUUUUAGAAUGUCAUUUUAUAAAUGGCAGUUUUUGGAAAUACUUGAUUAAGAACUUUUGAGAAUGGAGAUUAGUAUCGCCUAUUUUUAAAGCUGCUUAUUUAGGUUCCUUAUGUUUUAACUGUCUUUUCUUAGUUUCCAUUUCAUUCUUUUUUUUUUUCCUAAUUUUGAUGACUUAGUGGUUUUGUCAUUUUUUACAUCAACUUCAUGGUCUUGUUUUUACAUGGUAUUGCAUGUAUUUAGGACCUAUCUAACAGGGGCUUUAAAUAAAUUUGAUCAUAUUUAUGUGUAAGCACAUUUUACUGUAAAUGUUUGGGUUUCUGAAUUUACAACAGAUCUGUUUAUUUCAGUAUGUAGUAAACAAUAUCUUAAAGUGUCCUAUUCACUACUUGUUAAUUAAAAAAAGUUAUGAUUAAUAUGAAAUUGUUGUCUUACUAUUUUUAGAAAAUUGUGUUCUGAAUGAUUAGUAGCUGGAUAAAGGAGAUUUCUGGAAUAUGGAUUAUUUUGAAAUGUUAAGGUUUGGCUGUAUUGACUCUAGUGGUUGGUUGAAAACAACUUAGUAUUUGGGGAACCGUUUUCUUUUUUCUCCCUAAUUGCCUCUAUGGCAAAAUGAUACAGAGUUAGAGUAAAGAGGUAGCUUUUUAAUAUUUGACUUCUGAUGGUGACAGGAAUUCAUACAUUAAUUGAACUAACACAUCAUAUUGACCUCCUAUUUCUAUCAUAUUGACUUACUGUUUUUUCUGCACUUUCUUGACCAGUCCUAACUAAAAAGUCCACGUUUGUUAAAAUGUAGUCACACUUCUGAUAUAAUCCAACAAAAAGUGUUCAAAAUAUUUUAAAUACUUGUGCAUUUUGUAAUCACUAAAUUAAUCUCUCUCUCUUCUCUUUAAACAGCUUAGCAGUGUCUGCAAAAACGAAUCUUUUCCUACAACCUGUUAACUGACUGGACUGAUGGUAACAAAGUAAUUGUGGGAGCCAUGUCGGUCAAAAAUUUGGCAUCUGCUGAAAAAAAUGAAUGCCAUUUUCAAGUUCCCAAAUUACUUCUGUACUGAUUUCACUUUCCAGAUUUCACUUUCCAGAAAUGGAGAUUUGAAAAGAUUCUCUGGAAUCCUUGAAAGACUUAAUAGAAAUAUAUGAGACUAAGUUAAUUUUGGAACAAAAUCAUACUUUUUUUUGUCUUUCAUGGGAGUGAUACUCAGUUCUUUGCAUACCUUUUAAAAAUUGUAACCAUUGGAGAAGAGAAUUAUAGUAUUUCAUCAAGGAAUAAUAGAUUCUUUACACAAUCAAGAGCACAUUCUGUAGAAUUACAUUUAGUGGAAUAGAAUUACAUAAACAGGCCAUCAGAGAUCACAAAGCAUAUCAUGAGUUUGUAUUUCUUGGAACUUGAGAGCUAAUCUGAAGUAUAGGCAGACCUUGCUGAGAAGAAUAUAGAAGUUAAUGUAAAGUCCUUAACUACACAGAGUAGUCUUUUUAAGUAGAUGCAUUGAUUUGUCUUGUGUAUCUUUGAAAAAAUUUAUUAUGAUUAAAUUGUGAGUCAUUAAUUGAAAUUCAGGGUAAUAGGAUGUUUGGAUUCUGAGGUUUUGGCUUCUUGAAUUUUCUCUGAAUACUUGACACUUUCUUGAAUAUUUUGAGGUUUCUAACGAAUGGUAUCCUAGUUUCUACUGUUAUAUUAAAAUUUCUCUAGUGUUA